AAAAUAAGAAAACAUUUACAAAACUGGUUAGCGAAAAAAACAACAACAUCAUGACAUACCUAACUCACUCUUUGCUCUUCUUCUUCUCUUGCUUAUCUAUGCUUCUUUGCGUCUCCAUUGCAGGAAGCAGACCUGUUCACGGUCCAGCUUAUACAAACCCAUCUGCUUUCUCUCCACAAGCUUACGAUUUCUUUCACCCAAAAUCAUCACUCUCUGAUCACAAUAAUCCACCAAAAUCCUCGCCUUCUCCGCUUUCACUUUCACCUUCACCUUCAAAAACAUCUAUUGUAGAACCAGAUUCACAAGGAAGUAAAGUUUCAUCAGACGAACACACAACAAGUGAGAGUCGACGAGAAGAAGAAGGACGUGGAGAAACCAUCGGAGUAGUGUUAGGACUUUCUUUCAUCGCAUUUCUCUCAUUAGGAAUCUACUUUGUGAUCAAGAAACAACGUGCUAAUAUCAUCCGCACUAUUGUCACUCACUCUGACGCUUAAAUAUACCAAAAACAUACUUCUUUCAUUACUCUUUUCAAGAUUUUGUCAAAUUUCUAUUGUUUUGAUUAUGUAGAACGUUACAAUGUGUCAAAGAAAACAUUUCGGUUCGGUUUAGUUUAAUUUGUU